CCAGUCCAGGUUUUACCAGGUUGCUCCAGUCAUUGCAGUGCAUACGGAAUGCACUGAGGGGCGCAGUUCGGCGGAUCCAUGUAGCGUGUGCUAGCACAGAAUUCACCCAACCACAUAUAAAAAUUCACCGCAAGAAGCUUGGAUGCUUUGUGGGCUCCUCCACCAGGAUGCGAACACAUCGCGUUGCUGUAGCCUGUUGCUGCCUCCCGGUGCAAACGCAUCUAUUAUCUAGCUACUAGGACAAUAAACGCGUUGACCUUUGACUUGCAGCUGAUGACAACGCAAAGGUCGCUGACAGACAGCGAGAAGCGUGGAAGCGCAUCUCAAUAGGACUGCGCUCCCGGGAGAAUGCUCAAAUACGUCCUGAAAGUUGGUCGAUAGUGGCAGAGAUAGCUUCAGUGCCGGCAGAGGAGGGGGAGGCAGCACACUCGCAGGCCCGGUAGCUGCUCUCCACGGACCGAAGGUCGGCCCCGGGAAAGAGGAAGACUGCAGCACCAUGGACAGCUCAGAUAUGGACGCCAACUAUGGGGGAGGACUGUUGGAUAUGGUCAAGGGCGGAGCUGGAAGGUUCUUCAGUAACUUCAAAGACAAUCUCAAGGAUACCCUAAAAGAUACAUCCACCAAGGUCAUGCAUCAGGUUGCCACGUACACUAAAGGGGAGCUAGACAUAGCCUACAUCACGUCACGAAUCAUAGUGAUGACCUACCCAGCAGAGGCUGUGCAGAUUGGCAACCAGAACCAUGUGGAGGACAUCCGAUCCUUCCUCGACAGUCGACACGCUGACCACUAUACCGUCUUCAACUUGUCACAGCGCAACUACCGCGGGGCAAAAUUCUCCAGCAGGGUUUCAGAGUGUAAUUGGCCUGCUCGCCAGGCUCCCAGCCUCCACAACCUCUUCGCUGUUUGUAAGAACAUGCAUAACUGGCUGAAGCAGAAUCCCAAGAAUGUGUGUGUCAUCACCUGCUCGGAUGGCCGGGCACCUUCAGGUGUCUUGGUUUGUGCCAUGUUUUGCUUCUGCCACCUCUUCAACAAUCCAGUUCCCGCCAUGCAACUCCUCAGCGCAAAGAGACCAGGCUCGGGCCUGUGGCCGUCACACCGCAGGUACAUUGGGUAUGUAUGUAGCAUGGUGUCAGAGAAGCCCAGUCUGCCCCACACCAAGCCUCUGAUGAUCAAGGCUCUCGCCAUGAGUCCAGUUCCCUGUUUCAACAAACAACGGAGCGGCUGUCGGCCUUUCUGUGACGUCCUCAUUGGAGAGACCAAAAUCUUCACUACGGCACAGGAGCAUGAGAGAAUGAGAGAGCACCGAGUUCAAGAGGGCAAAGUGGUUUUUCCGCUAGGUGUCAGCGUGCAAGGAGAUGUCGUAGUUUCUGUCUAUCACAUGAGGUCCACCAUCGGGGGACGCCUGCAAGCCAAGGUGUCUAACACACAAAUUUUCCAGAUCCAGUUUCACACUGGCUUCAUUGCUCCUGGGACCACGAUGUUAAAAUUUAACAAACCAGAGCUGGACGCAUGUGACUCGCCAGACAAGUAUCCCCAGCUGUUUCAUGUGAUACUCGACGUGGAGGUGGAGAGCUUAGACAAGCAGAAAGACCUCACGCCGCCUUGGGAGCAGUUCCCAUCUAAAGACCUGAGUCCCAAUGUGCUUUUCUCCUGCCAUCAGGAACAUCAGGAUGCUCUCGCCAUUGCUGAGCCGAGCAGGCCACCCGCAGGCCGUGAUGGUCGAGGCCACGGUGAGGAGAGUGAGCCCUCUGACGACGAGAUGAUCUCUCUCUCCAGCCAGCGAAGCAGCACCAGCACAGCCCCCCGUAAAGGGGAUCAGCCUUCUCCAACGCCCGCGGAGCCCGAUCCGUCUGGGGAAGUAGAUCUUCUCGGCUUGGAUGGUGACGAGCUCAAGCAACCACCUCCCGUGACCCAACCUCCAGCUGCUGCAACUACUGACCUACUAGGGGACUUGUUUGGGGCUCCACCCCAGCCAACCAGCGGGCCAUCAUCCAACCACUCCACUCCACAUAAAACAGUACAGAGCUCUGCCUCGCCAUGUGCUUCUCCUGGCCCUCCAGUGUUUGACCCCUUCGGAGUCGGUCCUAUGCCGAAGCCUCAGGAGAUGAUGGGUUCGUUCCUCGGACCAGGUAACAUGGACCAGCCACAUUCCUUCUUGCAUGCCACUCGCUCUCCAUCCGCCACCUUGCAGCCCACAAGCUUUGGACGGAAUUCCCCCGUCCACCCUGUUACCCCGACUGUCAACAUCCAGCAGCAAAACGUCAUGGGAGGCUGGGAAUGGAACAGGACAGCCACGACAAGCGCAGGAGGCAGCCUGGGAAUGGGCAGUCGAUCAGCCACAACGAGCCCCACAAGUUCUGUCCACAGCACACCCACCCAUCAAAACAAGCCAAACACCCUGGACCCCUUUGCUGACAUCGGUAACCUCGGGGGAAGCCUUGGAGGAGGUUCUGGAUUCUCCAGCAAGCCCACUACACCAACAGGAACAACUCCUUCCUUUCCUCCCAUGGGCUCCCCAUCGCGGCCUCCUCCAUCUCCCCAGCAUGCAGGAGGGUGGCAGCCCCAUUCAGGCACUGGCUUCCCAUCAUGGCAGCCUAACACUAGCACAGGAGGCUGGCAACCACAAGGACAAGGACCCACUCCGCAGCCAAAGCCAAGUCCUAGCCAUACAUCCAUGCCUCACACUUCACCACAGAACCGACCCAACUAUAAUGUUAGUUUCUCCGCAGUUGGGGGUGGAUCACCCAGCGCUGCGGGCAAAGCGCAGACAGGAAUGGGCUCUAAGCCCAAGGCUUCCAAUGCCAACUUUGAUGACCUGCUGUCUGGUCAAGGCUUUGCAGGGGCCAAAGAGAAGAAAGGCCCCCGGACAAUAGCAGAAAUGCGGAAAGAGGAAAUGGCCAAAGAGAUGGACCCUGAGAAAAUCAAGAUUCUAGAAUGGAUUGAAGGGAAGGAGCGGAACAUCCGUGCCCUCUUGUCCACUAUGCAUACAGUAUUGUGGGAAGGAGAAACGCGCUGGAAGCCAGUUGGAAUGGCCGACCUGGUAACUCCAGAACAGGUCAAAAAGGUCUACCGCAAAGCAGUCCUCGUCGUCCACCCAGAUAAGGCAACAGGACAACCCUAUGAACAGUAUGCCAAGAUGAUAUUCAUGGAACUAAAUGAUGCCUGGUCCGAAUUUGAAAGCCAAGGACAAAAACCUCUUUACUAAAAAAUGGAGUGCAAGGGAAUACAGGAAGAGAAGAUCCUGACACUUUUCAUCUCUCUGGUCAAUAUUUGUGUUGGUACAGCCAUUUUUGGGUUCCCACCUCACAGUACUGUAUAGCCUCCUACUGUAUAACCUUUGUGCAAUAUUACCUCUCCCUUGUGGGGUGCACUUAGCUCUGAAGUAGCUCAGCAAUCAAAGCAGACACAAUGCAGUGUCUGGGCUCCAUUUGACUUGACGAGAUCAAACUAGAACAGUCGAUAGUGUGCACACAAGAUAAGAGAAAAACAUCAGUGAGUGGGCAGCGAACAAAUGAGGGAUCAUGUAAGUACACUAAUUGUUCCCAUUCACGGGCUUAGAAUGUUGCUAUUGACUCCCUCGGUUGUUUUGUAGGAACACCAAGAAUAAUUGUACAGAAAUUAACAAUACAAUAUUACAUGAUCAGUCGGAAAAAGGUGGAGUGCCCCCUACGGGUCGGGGAGGAGAUCUUGCCCCAAGUGGAGGAGUUUAAGUAUCUUUGGGUCUUGUUCACGAGUGACGGCAGGAGUGAGCGA